UGUUCAAAUUAUUCUUUCAGCAACAAAUAACAAAAUGUGCGUUGGUUAGAACCCAACCCUAGCGUGGGGAAAACUUUCCCAGCGUGGUUCAACCGAAUGGAUUUAACUUGCUUUUCUUGCUGCCUUUACUUUAUACUCUCCAGAUCUAAGCUGUCUUGAGUGAGUGAGUUGUUAGCAACAUCUGGAGUGCAAGCAUUCUCCUUCUUCUUCCUUGUCUCUUUUUUUUCCUGGUGUUCUUGAAUUGAGUGGUUGUGUGGGAUUAGGCUGAACAAGCUUGGGCAAUUCUGCUGGAUGGAGGUUUCGAUGGCUGAAACAGUGGAGGAUUCCGUGGAAGCAAGCAGCAUUGCUGAGGCGAAGUCCUUGGGGAACGAGGAUUCACAAUGCUCUGAGAGUGUGAAGAAAGUCUCUGAGUCCACGAACGCAAAUGCCGUACCUAAGAGCACUACUACAGUUGCAGCGCCGAAAAGGAAAAUUGAGGUGAAGAGUGGUAAAGACUCGGGUUCAAAUGAGUCAAGGUCGACAUUGACUAGACCAACUGUGAGUAGUGCUUCGCGAACGUCGGGAUCAGUUCCAGUGACUAGAAGGAGCAGCACUGGUGGUUUACCUGAGAAGCAGCCAAUGUCGAUUACAAAACGGAAGAGCAAAGAUGUCGGUUUAGAUGCAGGUAAACAAACCAGUUCUCUAGCCUCAGAACCUCUAAGGAAAUCUCUUCCAGGAACUAUUAGGGGCUCCGUCGCAUCUUUUGGUGCUAAGUCUGCUGUCAGACGGAGCAUUCCGGAACUUCGAAGCUCAGCUCCUGUUUCGCCUGUGGCCAAAAGUCCGCGGACACCAACAAGUUCCGAUUUAAGCAAGCAGUAUUCUAGUGCAAAGUCAUCUUUGCGAUCAUCACAGUUGUCUGGUUCUUCAGCUAAAAGUAUUUCUUCCCCAUCAUUGGAUAGCACUGGAAGUAGCAGCUCCAUUAGAAAGUCAAUUGGAAAGGUUACUACCAUUGCUUCUCGGUCACCCUUACUAUCCAGCGGAUCUAAAUCUGGCUCGACAUAUCACGACAGAAGUUCUAGUUUAUUGGGUCGGAAGAAACUAGGAACUCCUGACAGUCGAGACUCACGUCUAAUUAUGCUUCCUCAGGUGGAGGUGAAAGCUGGUGAUGAUGUGCGGUUGGAUCUCCGUGGCCACAAGAUACGCACUCUCAAAAGUGGUGGACUGAAUCUGUCACCAAAUUUAGAGUUUGUUUAUCUCAGAGACAAUCUUCUAUCUGCAUUGGAUGGUAUAGAAAUCCUGAAACGUGUGAAGGUUCUUGAUUUGAGUUUCAAUGAUUUCAAAGGACCUGGUUUUGAGCCACUUGAGAAUUGCAAAGCACUACAGCAACUUUAUCUUGCUGGAAAUCAAAUCACAUCAUUGAAGAGCCUUCCUGAGCUCCCUAACUUGGAGUUUUUAUCUGUUGCUCAGAAUAAAUUGAAGUCUCUUUCAAUGGCUAGCCAGCCUCGCUUACAGGUGCUAGCGGCAAGCAAGAACAAAAUAUCAACUUUGAAAGGGUUCCCAUACUUGCCAGCACUUGAGCAUUUGCGUGUUGAAGAGAAUCCCAUACUUAAGAUGCCUCAUCUGGAAGCAGCAUCCAUUUUGCUUGUAGGCCCAACCUUGAAGAAAUUUAAUGAUAGGGAUCUUACUCGUGAGGAGAUAGCUGUUGCCAAACGUUAUCCAUCGCAUACAGCCUUGUGUAUUCGAGGUGGUUGGGAUCUCUGCCGUCCCGAGCAAGCUGGUGAUUCUACAUUUAAGUUUCUUCUGGAACAAUGGAAAGAGCAGCUUCCUCCUGGAUACACUCUUAAAAGAGCUUCUGUCGACAGACCUUUUGUGGAAGAUGCUUGCUGUUCUCACUUUGAGUUUGUGAGGGACACCACUGAAGAGACUGAUUCAGUUUUGGAUUUGAAAUACCAUUGGUAUAUUGGAGAACGAACUCCAUCAAAUUUUACAGCAAUUUCUGGUGCUUGCAGAGAGAUCUAUUUCCCCAAGCGUGAUGAGGUUGGCAGAAUCUUGAAAGUGGAGUGUACUCCAGUACUAGGAGAUACUGAAUAUCCCAGUAUUUUUGCAAUAUCCUUGCCAGUUUCUCCAGGCACUGGAAUCCCUAAGGUCAUAAAAAUUGAUGUCCGUGGGGAACUGGUAGAGGGUAAUGCACUCAAAGGGUAUGCUGAGGUUGCUUGGUGUGGAGGGACUCCAGGGAAAGGUGUUGCCAGUUGGCUUCGGAGACGAUGGAAUAGCAGCCCUGUAGUAAUUGAUGGUGCAGAAGAAGAAGAAUAUCAACUGACCCUAGAUGAUGUUGAUUCUUGUUUAGUUUAUAUGUACACGCCUGUAACUGAAGAAGGUGCGAAAGGGGAACCUCAGUAUGCAAUCACUGAUUAUGUAAAAGCAGCUUUUCCAUCUGUGAGUAAUGUACAGAUUACUGGAGAUGCUGUUGAAGGAAAUACUAUCAAAGGGGUAGGGGAGUAUUUUGGAGGAAAAGAAGGCCCCAGUACCUUUAAGUGGUUGCGUGAGGAUAAGGAUACUGGAGAAUUCACAUCAGUGUUGAUGGGUACAAAUGAAUAUAUUCUUAAAAAAGAAGAUAUUGGUCAACGAAUAGCAUUUGUUUAUGUACCUGUAAACUUUGAGGGACAGGAAGGGAAAUCUAUGUCAGCAAUGUCCCAGAUUGUUAAACGAGCCCCACCAAAAGUAACAAAUGUAAAGAUAAUUGGCGAACUGAAGGAGGGGAGCAAGGUUACAGUUACUGGCAUUGUCACAGGAGGAACUGAAGCUUCUAGUAGAGUUCAGUGGUUCAAAACUAGUAGUUCCACACUUGAGGAUGAAAAUGACCUUGAAGCAAUGAGUACCUCUAAAAUUGCUAAGGCAUUUCGCAUACCCCUGGGUGCUGUUGGAAAAUACAUUGUUGCAAAAUUUACUCCAAUGACUCCAGAUGGUGAAGCUGGUGAACCAGCUUUUGUAAUUUCUGAAACAGCUGUUGAGACUCUUCCGCCCAGUCUUAAUUUUAUGUCUAUUACCGGCGAUUACUCUGAAGGUGGUGUGUUGACAGCAUCAUAUGGUUAUAUUGGUGGUCAUGAGGGGAAGAGUGUGCAUAACUGGUUUCUCCAUGAGGUGGAAAAUGACUCUGGCACACUUAUACCUGAGCUUUCAGGUCAUCUUCAAUAUCAAAUUACAAAAGAUGCCAUUGGGAAAAUUGUAUCUUUCACUUGCAUCCCAGUGCGCAAUGAUGACGUUUCUGGUGAACCAAGAACCUGCAUAGGACAAGAGCGUGUUCGUCCAGGAAGCCCAAGAUUGCUUUCUUUACAAAUCAAUGGGACUUCUGUUGAAGGCACAACACUCAGCGUUGAAAAAAUAUACUGGGGUGGUGAAGAGGGAGAGUCUGUUUACUGCUGGUUCCGGACUAGUUCAAAUGGCGCACACAAUGAAAUAAGCGGUGCAACUUCUUCAUCAUACAUGAUAUCAGUUGAUGACAUUGGCUUUUUCAUAUCAGUUUCCUGUGAGCCUAUUCGAUGUGAUGGGGCACGUGGCCCUAUUGUUCUUUCUGAACAAGUUGGACCUAUUGUUCCAGGAUUGCCGACUUGCCGAUCACUUAAAUUUCAUGGAUCACUGGUUGAAGGCGAGCAUUUGAGCUUCGUCGCUAAUUACAGUGGCGGGGUGAAGGGAGAUUGCUUGUGCGAGUGGUACAGAGUGAAAGGCAGUGGACAAAAAGAGAAACUUCAUGUUGGAGAAGCUUUGGACUUAACUAUUGAUGAAGUAGGACGCUGCCUGGAAUUCGUUUAUACACCAGUUCGUGCUGAUGGCUUGAGGGGGAGCCCCAAGACACUGGUUUCUUCUGCCAUUGCUCCUGGGGAGCCUCAGGGUGUUGAAUUAGUGAUUCCUGAUUGCAGUGAAGGCCAGGAAUCUGUCCCUGAAACAAAAUAUUUUGGAGGUGAAGAAGGAUCUGGGAAAUAUAUUUGGUUCAGAACAAAGGAUAAGCUUCCUGAAUCUGCCCCGGUGGAGCUGUCAAAUAAUAUUGAAAAUGUUAAUAUAUGUGGAGAAAUAUUAACCUAUACUCCUUGUCUUGAAGAUGUGGGAUCAUAUCUAGCAUUAUAUUGGCUGCCAACUCGAUCAGACGGAAAAUGCGGCAAGCCUCUGGUUUCUAUUUGUCAAUCUCCAGUUACUCCAGCUCUUCCAGUAGUUUCUAAUGUUCACAUUACGAAGUUGUCCUCAAGUACCUAUUGUGGAGAAGGAGAAUAUUUUGGUGGAUAUGAAGGAGAGAGCCUGUUCAGCUGGUUUAGAAAAUAUGAAGAUGGGACAUCUGUUCUUAUUAGUGGUGCUAAUUCUAAAAAUUAUGAAGUCUCAGAUGAAGAUUAUAACCAUAGAUUGUUGUUUGGAUACACACCUGUUCGCUCCGAUUCAAUGGUUGGAGAACUUCAAUUAUCUGAGCCAAGCGAUAUUGUUUUGCCAGAGUUGCCAAGAAUUGAGAUGAUAGCUCUUACUGGUAAAGCUGUUGAAGGAGAAGUACUUACGGCUUUAGAAGUUAUCCCAAAGACUGAAACUCAAGAGAUCAUUUGGGGAAAGUACAAGAAAGAAGUGAAAUAUCAAUGGUUUUUCUCUUCUGAAACAAGGGUAUUCGAGCCACUUCCAGCACAUCGAUCUUGCUCCUACAGGGUACGGUUUGAGGAUAUCGGUCGCUCCCUGAGGUGUGAAUGCAUAGUUACCGAUGUGUUUGGAAGAUCAAGUGAGCCAUCAUUUGCUGAAACCUCUCCGGUUUUACCAGGAGUUCCUAAAAUGGACAAGCUGGAAAUCGAGGGCCGAGGUUUUCAUACAAAUCUAUAUUCUGUACGUGGCAUUUACAGCGGCGGAAAGGAGGGGAAAAGCAGGAUCCAAUGGCUCAGAUCAAUGGUUGGAAGUCCAGACCUCAUCUCUAUCCCCGGGGAGACUGGAAGAAUGUAUGAAGCUAAUGUUGACGAUGUAGGCUACCGGCUAGUUGCUAUAUACACACCGGUGAGAGAUGAUGGAGUCGAGGGACAGCCUGUUUCAGCAUCAACUGACCCCAUUGCAGUUGAACCCGAUGUUCAUAAAGAGGUCAAGCAGAAACUAGAACUCGGGUCGGUCAAGUUUGAGGUCCUGUGCGACAAGGAUCGAGCUCCUAAAAGGGUUCCAGGGAUGGGAAGUCUUGAGAGAAGAAUACUAGAAGUAAAUAGAAAAAGAGUUAAGGUUGUAAAGCCAGGUUCCAGAACUUCAUUUCCUACAACAGAAAUUCGCGGCGCAUACACUCCUCCUUUCCAUGUGGAGCUAUUCCGAAAUGAUCAGCAUCGCCUGAGAAUUGUCGUGGACAGUGAGAAUGAAGUGGAUCUGAUGGUGCAGACCCGACAUCAGCGCGACUUGAUUGUGCUCAUGAUCCGCGGCCUGGCGCAGCGAUUCAACAGCACAUCUUUGAACACUCUUCUCAAAAUAGAAGCGUAGAUAUCGCCAACAAACUCAAUAUAUUGAGGUGAUGGAUGGCUGGCUGGCUUUAUUCAUCUGUUUUAGUCUUAGCCUUUCUCAUCUCCCUAAUUUUUAAUAGAGUAGAAGGGUCUGUUUGUACUGUUCGAAAUCAUUUCUUGCAAGGGGUGUGUUCUGGUUUGAACUAUACAAUCGGUGAUCGAAAAGUGUACUUAGAUCAAUCCCAGGAUUGGAGUGUACAGAAAUAUGCCUGUUGGCCAUUAUGUCUUGAAUUCAUUAAACAUGGAUGGGUUUUUUCCAGAA